UUUUUUUUUUUUUUUUUUUUUGUGUCCUUUAUACAAUUAAAAUUGAUUUGUAUCAUGCUCUAGCCUCUUCUGGCCAGUUCGCUCGGAGAACAAUCUUGUAAUUCGGGUGCCCUCAAUGCUUCCGCUAUCUAUCUAGCUGUGGAGCGGACCGCACAGAAUCUGCUUCGCCAACCUGGACCUGAUUGCGAGCUAAUAAGAGAACUUCCAGCUUCGAAAUACUAAUCAAGCUAUUCUUCCUGAGUAAAAAUAAUUAUCCAGACCCGAAUUCAAAAUGUCUCUGGUCUCAGGUCCUGGUAGAGCUGUGGGCAGUCUUCCAGAUCACACGUUGUGUGUACAGAAACAUGUGGAGUACAUCAGGAAUCUGGACAGCAGGCGGGAUGAGCUGGAAUAUUGGCUCACAGAGCAUCUUCGUCUGAAUGGCGUAUACUGGGGCUUGACAGCCCUGCAUCUUCUUGGCUUCCCGGAAGCUCUCCCUCGGGAAGAGACUAUCAACUUUGUUCUCUCCUGUCAGCGCGAAAAUGGCGGGUUCGGAGCUGCACCCGGCCAUGAUGCACACAUGCUUUACACUGUCUCAGCCGUGCAGAUACUCGUGACCCUGGAUGCGGUGGACGAGCUGGAAAAACGUGGUUUGGGAGGCAAGCGGAAAGUUGCAUCUUUCAUCGCAGGGCUACAGGACAGGACGACAGGCUCCUUCAUGGGCGACGAAUGGGGUGAAUUGGACACCCGUUUCGUCUAUGGUGCCUUUAAUGCCUUGUCAUUAUUAGGACUUAUGGAUAUGGUCGAUGUCUCUAAAGCCGUGGCCUACAUUCAGAAGUGUGAAAAUCUGGAUGGAGGAUACGGCAUCUGUCCCGGAGCAGAGUCCCAUGCUGGACAGGUCUUCACGUGCGUGGGAGCGUUGGCCAUUGCUGGUCGUUUGGACCUUGUGAACAAGGAUCGUCUUGGUAGUUGGCUCAGCGAAAGGCAACUGGACAAUGGUGGGUUGAAUGGACGUCCUGAGAAGUUGCCAGAUGCUUGUUACAGUUGGUGGGUCGGGUCCAGCUUAGCGAUGAUUGACAGACUGCACUGGAUCGAUGGCCACAAAUUGGCUACAUAUAUUCUGCGCUGUCAGGAUCCUGAAGCUGGCGGUUUCGGAGACCGCCCAGGUAAUAUGGUUGAUGUCUUCCAUACGCACUUCGCAAUUGCUGGCUUAAGUCUCCUGAAAUUCGAAGGCGUCCAGGAAGUAGAUCCUGUUUAUUGUAUGCCCAGAGCAGUUACAACGAAAUACUUGAAGAAGUAGCACCUUUCCAGCCAGUAAAGGCGCAAAUGUCUCAACAUUGUCCCCAACCGUAGUCAACUCGACCUCCUGCAAUCUAAUAACCCGUUGUUCUUUACCAUCCAUGGACUAUGGGAUACAAGGCAGGAGAAGAGAAAUGGCCACUGCGACUUAUUUCCGCUUCAUAUCAUUCCACAAUUGCCUGAUAAUAGGCUGUUAAGACGCACUGGCACAAUAUAUCGCAACGCUCAACCUAAUUUUAUUCUUUCUAGAUAGUUGAUGAGAUGAAUCGAAAAUAUUUCCUCUAUU